GGAGCAGACUUGUGAGCAUAUGACGUGAGCUGGGAGUGUACUGCAUUUUCACAGCUGAUCAAAAAUGACCACAUUGAUCAUCUGACAGGUUGCUUUCUCCAUGUGCUCGGUGAAAUGGGGGUGGCGUCAACAAGAAGUUGACGAAGCGGAACACAAGCAUAAAGUCAACUGCUUUCAAGAGUGUGCUGAAGCAUUUGGUACUAUAUUGGUUGAUGAUGUUGAGGUUUCUGCUUGCAGACUACAUCUCUUGUGAACAACUGAGCUCCAUUUGAUUCGCACAAGGUGUUCUCACUCAGUGAAGAUAUGGACCAUCAUCAUCAUGCGGAUCACACGGAGCUCCACUGUAUUGGCAAACGGUGUUUUCACAGUCCACAUGAUAAUUAUGUGACACCGCCAUAUUUCGACAUUCCACUUGCGAGGGGGCAAAAAGUCGGCGGCAGGGAUUACAGGUGGAAGCUUUCACUGAGUGCGAAAGAAGACUGCAGAGCACUAUCCCUAUCGAAGCCUUGGCCUCAGUUGCGCCCACGACUUUCUGUGACUCGCUCUUUUGCAUUCCCUCAAUGCCUUCGCCUGGGUGAUGAUGCCCGCUGGAAAUGGCGCUGGAUUCCUCUCACGGUAUCGCUCGGCUUGAAGACGCGCAAUUAUGACUGGGACAAGCUACAGUCCCAUCAUGAGGCAAAUGACUCUGAUUUCUCACUGAAACAGGAUCAGGGGGCCAUUCAUCUAGUUCCGUUGGCAGGAAUCAAGGUGCUGAGCCCCGUCCUUGGAAAGCUGGGUGAUACGUGUAAGACUGCGAAGCUAUGUUUGAGUGUGGAAAAAUGCAAGCGGGAGACGAGCGAUGGGGAAUCGCUGUCCACACGUCCGUCCCUGGUCAAGACAAGGCAGCGAGGACGAGGAGGGCCUAAGGGUUCAGCGAAGAGGAUGAAGAUGGGCCUGAAGCUUAUGACAAUGCUGGGAAUGAGAAUGAAGUCUGACCCGACGAAGAAGGGAGCGAGUGCCAGCUCGGAUCCAGGAGCAAGAACCCGUUUCGUGGAGGAUACGAGAGCCUACCUUGAUGGAAUGGACUACAAGGGUAUCCAGAGGAUGUGCAAGAUGGAGAACAUUCCGUAUGUAAGGAAAUCACAAGCAGUGGAAGCACUGGUAGAAAAAAGAGCCAUGCUGGCAUAUGAUCGAACUGGAAGCGAAGCAUCUGAGGGGGAGAAAGCGGUUGAGAAAGAGAAGAAGGAAGAAUCAAGUGGAAAUGACUCAGAUGAAUCGGCCGAAAACUCGGAGGUAUCCUCAUCAGAGUGAAGACAACAGGAGAUUGAGAAGUUAUGGAGAAAGUGUGGUGACCUGCUAGAAGAACAAAGGCAGCUUAAGGGC